AUGUCUUUGUACAUGGAUGACCGUAGCAUAAAAUGUUGACCUCUUCAUUUGUUGACUUAUAUUAACAUGACUCAUAAACCUUUGACAAGUCCUCUUGCUACUGUGGCCAUAAAUCACUACAUUUUAUUUUCAUUUAGAUCAAGAGAAUUUCUAAAUUAUUAAAAAAAUGACUGAAAAUAUCUUUAUAAAUUCCUUAAAAUUAAAAAAAUCUAUUUUUCAAUAUUAACAUGAUUAAUGUCCUACGAGUUGUAAAAUAAUGAUCAAAGUUAUAGAUCUUGGAUAAUCACAUUAGCCCCUAGAUUAAAAAGGAGAAAUAUAUCGCUAUCACAUAAUUUAUAAAAAUUAUCCACUUACAGAAUUUAUGAUAGGAUCCUAAAACCAGUACUAACAUAUUUAACUUAAUUAAUUCAUAUGUUCUGUCGAUUAAUGUGAAAGCUACUUUGUAUUUAGUUUAGUUGUAAUAUAAAUAGAAUAAAUUAUCAACUAGUAAUGAUUUAAAUUAGGGGGAAUGUUAAUCCAUCAUUUUCAUUUGAUAAUCAAGGUAAAAUCAGAAGAAAUACUAUCUUAACCAAUGUCAAAUGUAAUGAACUAAAUGAAAGCAUUAAAACAGAUUGUAGAGUACAGAUCAUGAAUUUUUACCUAAAUCUGGAUAUGAGUCUUGAGAAAUAUUACCUUUUUGCAGUUGAUAGUGUUCAGGAAGCUAGAAAUUUUCUAAGAUUUAUAGAGGAAUUUACCAAGGAAGUCAAAAUGCAAUAGUAAUGCGCUGAAAACGUCAGGCCCAAGAAGAAAAAGCCGUUUAUUGGGGGAUAAAUAGGCAGACCUUAGGGCGGGAAAGGGGGCCUUUCCGGGGAUGGAGGAGUUUCCAUUGGCAGUGGUGCGAAAAGAGCACAACAGGGGCACAAACGAAGCCUUCACCUACAAUAGUCGACCUCUCUCCAUAUGAGGGGCAGAGACUAGCAGGAAAGAAAAAUGGGGAAACUUGUGAACUCUUGUUUUGCGUUCGAAUCGCGUUUUACUUUCAGUUCUUAUUAGUCUACUUUUGUGGGUGACAAGCACACAAUAGCAUUAAACUUUCUAUCAGCUCUAACUCUUGCUGUUAUAUUGAUAUUCGAAUUUUAUUUCAGCUACUCCAUUUUCAUCCUUUGGUGACAAAUUGGGGCAACUUCCGUUUCGAUUUCUAAUGUAGGUUGCCGACGGGUUGUAUUUCUUGACAAUGAGUUUAGAUAUUAGUUUGUCUGAGAUUUUCUAGACCAAUCUAUUUCCCCAUUCCAUUGCUGGAGGGUUGAGAUGCGUCGGCAGGUGUCUUUCUCUUCCAAUCCUCUGCUCUCCCUCUCCUCUCCGUGCAUCCUUCUACCACCAACCUCUGAUCAAGGUACCGCAGAACUUGACAAUCUCAAUAGAACACCAAGUACAUAAGAACUAUGGAUGGAGAAGAAAGAAAUUAAUCUCCUCAUCUACUCUUGUUAUUUCAAGUUAGUAAAUAUUCGAGAACGUAAUUAGAUAUUUGAAAUGGUAGGCAUCCCUGAGGAUAGACCUGAACCCACAAGAAAUUCAAUAAUAAUUUCCGUUUUGAGUACAGUUAUAAAACUUUAAAAUAUGGAUGCACUGUUAUGCGAAUGACCAGAGUUCAACCUAUAACGAAACCCCAAGUCAAUCGAUUAUACUUUCAUUCCUACAACCAGAGUUAGCGUUAGACAUGCAAUGCUGAUGACUUCAGUCCAACUUUUAUGGCUUACCUAAAGCAUUAAAUGAAAGUCAACAUAACCAUUCAUCCGUAAUUGACCCGCUAUAUUCCUCGUAAUGUUUCCAUUUUUCAGGCAAAGGAAGCUUAUCUGGUGUCCGUAAACAUGGGAUUCCACAGUUUACUCUUAUUAGCUUAUCUGGUGCCGGCACAACUCAUGUUCACCGGUCCUUCGGCAGGACCAAGACCAUCAGGGGACUUCCAACAUUGUGGACCCCGUCAGACCAGGUCAACCUCCCGAAGAGGUAUUCAAAGACUGCCGCGCUUCUCUCGGCCUCCAUUGUGACCUUGAACUCCUUCACCUCGCCGACACUUUUGAACGCGAUUCUCUCCGGAUUCACCUUCACGGAGAUUCCCGGCGGCGGUACCACUCGGGCUCUGUAUAUACCUGGUGGGCCGACGUUCGUCACCUUCCUGGUGACGGUCGUCUGGUUGGAGAGCUGCGGGACGCUGAUGGAGGGGUAGUUGAAGUCCAGAAGCUUGGAGGGGCUCUUCGGGCAAGAGAAGGACGCCUCGGAGAACAUGGCGACCUGACUGGAGUUGUACCCGAGGGCGCAGAGAAACAGGAGGUAGUCCUCCACCGUCAGGUCGUAGACAAGGCCCGGAUCCAUGGCGAGGUUCGGACGGACGUGCCCGGCGCCGUAGCUGAACGGGGUGGCUGCCAAGAAUGAGGAAUCGAGUAUGGGCUUCCCCAGGUUAUCUUCGGUCGUCGCUGCAGCAGAGUAAAAGCAGCAAGAGACCAAGAUUAGUUGUCGAAAAACUGGGCAAACUUUCAUACAGCUCUGACUCUGUGCUCACCUGUGGUCAUGAUGGCAGACUUGAUCGCCGCCGGGCUCCAGUCGGGGUACAGGGUUUUGAGGAGUGCGGCGAUUCCCGAGAUAUGGGGGCACGACAUCGACGUUCCUGAUAUCGUGACGUACGGCACCCUCCGCUUGUCGAAGUCCAGGCCCGUUGGACCCACAGCUUCGCUGUAGGCAGCGAUGACGCUGACACCGGGCGCGGUGAUAUCCGGCUGCCACCCAUUCAAACGUCAAGAGAGUGAAUGAUAAGUAUCGAGACAAAAGGAUACAUAUAUAGAUAGAUAGAUAGAUAGACAGGUUGUUAGAUGCAUAGAUAGAAAGAUAGACAGAAACAUAAACAGAAACAUAGUUAGAAACAUAGAGAGAUACAUAGAUAGAUAAAUAGAUGCUAGAUAGAACGAUAGAAAGAUGGAAAUAAAGAUAGGAAGAUAGAUACACAGAAAGAUUGACAGAUUGAUACACAGAUGAAUAGAUAUAUGUAUAUAUAGAGCGAGACGUAGGGAAUGAGGGAGAGAAAGAUGGGGUGAGAGAGAGAGAGAGAGAGAGAGAGAGAGAGAGAGAACGGAGUGAGAUGGGUAAUGGAGGAGAACCUUCAGGAUCUCUGGGGUGAUGAGGUUGGGUCCUUUAGACGAGAAGGCAGCCAUGAAAGGCGAUGGCUUGAUAUUUGUCGCGGUUGCGGGCGCGGUGAUGGUGCCCAGGGGCUUGCUGCAGCCAAACCAGCCUCAUCAGAGGGCGUCGGCUGAUGAGAAAGAGGCACGGAUUAGGGUUGUAAGCUGCUCACCUUGUUGAAAUGAUGUACUUGUAGAGAGUGAUGCCCUUAUGAUAAGAGAGAUGGACGGCGGGGAGGAGGUGGGCGUCUGCGAUGACUUCGUUACCCUGCUCUUCCGAGUUCGCGAGGAUCAUUCCGGCGCCACCGGCGAGGAGCACGGCCUGCCCCUUCUCCACCCUCGCGUUGAUCCCCCGGAGGCACGCCACGAUCUUCCCCUUCACCUUCUCCGGAUCCAGAGAACCCAAGAAGCAGAGCUGCCUGCAAGAACCACCCCCAAAGUCCUCCGUCACUCCCAAUCGGGACGCCACCAAGACGACGAUUAAGAGAGGGAGGGAGGGCCGCGGUCGUCGUUACGCGGCGGUGAGGUUCGAGUUUCCGGCCCGAGCGGCGGCGGAGUUGAUCAGAGGGUAGAGCUUCCCCGCCGGGAGGCUCGUCGCCGAGAGGCUCUCCCCCUGCGAGAAGAACGCGGCGGCAUAGUGAGCUCCCCGAGGAAGAUGACGGAAGGAAGGAAGGAAGGAAGGAGGAGCGUGACCUCGAGCGCCGCCCUGUUGCCGAGGACGGCGGCGGAGGGGAACUUCCGGUCCAUGGUGCUGGCGGCAAUGGUGAAGAUCCACGGGGCGACGUUUGAUAUUGACCCCGAGGCCGGGCCGGAGUUGCCGCCGGAGCAGGCGACGGUGAUUCCAUUCUUCACGGCGUGGAACGACCCGAUGGCCAGCGCGUCGACGGCGUAGUCGCUGGGGUUCCCGCCGAGGGAGAUGGAGAGCACGUCGACGCCGUCGUGGAUGGCGGCGUCGAUGGCGGCGAGAAUGUCGGCGUCGAAGCAGCUUCCGGCGUCUACCGGUUUCCAGCAGACCUUGUACGCCGCCACCCGGGCUCUGGGCGCCCCGCCCUUGGCCGUCCCGUUGCCUAAGCCGAAGAGAUUGACCCCGGGCACGAAGGUACCUGCGGCCGUGGAGAGGGUGUGGGUCCCAUGUCCGUCGAAAUCGCGAGGACUGUUCAACUUGGGGUUAAUGGGCCCCACGGCUGCCACGUACCCCUUGUUGAAAUAUCUGGCCCCUAUCAGUUUCCUGGACCACCAAAAUCUUAGCGUUCAUCAAUUCGAUCGAUAGACCACACCGAAAUCAGAAUUCAAAUCAUGCGUGCCGUCUAAUCAUCCAUUCGAUUGAGCACUGCCCUGUUAUCAGGUUCUAUAUCUUUUUCGAGUGCAACAACUAUUUCAGGAUAUCUCUUUUAUCUUUUAAUUUUUGGGUCGAUAAUUCAGCAAAAAAAAAAUCGUCAGCGUUGACCUCUGUCACUAUCAUAAUAGCUGUAAUUAAACUAUUUAUUUAAUCAAGAGAAAUCAAUAGAAGUUCAGGCCGUUUGAAUCUAUCGGAUAUUUGGUGCACGGAGGCGGCCCGCGUCCACAGGCGAACAGCGUGGAGGGAGAGGGUCGGAUUCACCUGUUGCAGGAGAAGCUCCGGUCGCCGCCGCGGUCGCAGGCCCCCUUCCAUCUCGCCGGAAUAGGCCCCAAGUUGCUGUCGUCGAAGCUGGCGGACUCCGGCCAUACCCCUGCCGGCGGCAGAGCUCAAUGAGAACAAGAGGAGAGAGGGAAAGAGAGAUUGGGAGAAGAAGUACCGGUGUCCAGGCUUCCGAUGAUGGUGUCCUUCCCGAACAUGGCCUUCGUCCAAAUGGAGUUCGGCGGAACCACACCGCCGCUCUCCAGUCCGAGGAAGUUCCAAGAACGCGUCGUUUGCAGCUGCCUUCCCUCGUUUGGGAAUACCGCCAUGACCGCCGGCGACUCUGUCGCGGUGGCAGAGGAGGAUCAGAGCUGGAGGAGCGACGACGAAGGCGAACGAAGGCGAAAGAAGGUGGAAGAGGAGAGGGAGAGAGAGAGAGAGAGAGAGAGAGAGAGAGAGAGCACUGUCCCACUCGAAAUCUCCGCGACCUCCUCGUCUUCGAGCGUUGCGGCGAAGCCAUUGAUGAACCUUGAGUAGGAGUAGAAGAUAGCACCCCGCGCCGCCUCUUCGCUGAAAAAUGCGGAGACAGACGUCAGCCCGAUUCUCAGGAAGAAGAAGAUGCCGCGUGCCGGCCAAUAAAGUGUCUGUCACCUGCCCAAGAAGGAUCCCAGGAAUACGUGGUGGGCGGCCUCCACCUCCUCCGUCCGGACCAGGGAGGCUUCUUCCCCCCUGCGAGAAUGGGUCCCCAUGUAAACGACGUACGACUGCAGAUGAGAGAGAAAGAGUCAGAUUCUGAUCAACAGAGGAAACAAACCAGCAGGAGGAGGCAGUGCUGCCGACCUUCCUGACGGCGGCGGCGGGCCUCUGCGACAACGCGCAUAGAAGAAGCAAGAGGAUAGAGAAAGGAAUCCUCCGAGAGGAGCCCGUCACCGGAGCUCGCCUUCCUCCUCCCUCCAUCCGUCUCUCCCGCACGGCGAUCAGAGAAUCUCCCCCUUCAUGGAGAACAGAUCAUCAUCUUGUAACAGUAAAUGAAGAGCAGACGGAGGAUGUCAACCUCCGCCAGCUCCACUCGGGACGCCGGCGAGCGACGUCAGCGAUGGGGAACGCUCGUAGCUGGAUCUAGAGAUGCCGUCGGUCAUAUCUUCGAUUAAAAUAAUGGAAUCAGGCCGCUUCAAUACGGUGAGACCAGGAAAGAACAAGCUACAUGUGCAUAUGUGGCUUCAAACGACGCCAUUUUCCGCUCUCUUCGGCCACCAGUCAGUGUCGGCUCCGACCCACAUCAGUCAAAGUAUAAACCGUACGCCAUUUCUGACCCCUUUUCAUAAGCUCGGAUGAGGGUUCUCAUCUGCAAGUUACGGGACAACGACUCUUUUCAUAUGAGAGAAACUGAGGCGAAUUGUCAUUGGAGACCAUGGAGUUCAUCUCCAACACUAAGGCGAAGGUUCUCUGCGGCACAGCGACCUUCAUUCUCGAUGGGCCUCCCUCCCCACCGCAAGCGUCUGCGGGCCGGUCCUGGCCUACCUUCAUUCCUCAUAGCAUAAUGGACGGAAUUAGAUCUUAAAGUAUAGAGAUAAUGUUUUGGUAUCAUAUCCCACCUCAUGUGGCGUGAAUUGCAGGGAAUUUCUCUGGGCAAAAACGACAGAGAGAGGAUCCUUCAAUAGAUUUUGCUGAAAAUCCAUGGAUUUUUCAUGAACUGAAAAUAGAUUAUUCGAUUAACCUGGCGACGUCCAUGUCACGAACUUCGAACCUGAGACGAGGAUGGGUUCGAAUUUAUGCCAUCGGAGGAGGAGAUUUGGAGGUGUUGGCUCCGCGCUUAUUUAGGACAGUUGCGGUUUACCCGAUGAAAGAUACGAUCGGAUCCUUGUCGGCGACUCGGUUCGACUCUGGAUUAGCUCGGAACUCGGAGUUGGUGGACCUGGCCACAUCGAGGUCUCCGAGUCGUCCAAGAUGUUGACAUUUUGUCCUCUGGUAAAGGCGUGGACUAAGAGAUUCAACCCGGUGGCAGGUCCGUUGGGCCUAAUCAUUACGGUUGGAUUUCGGGCCAGGCUGGCUAGGGUCACUCGGCCCGUUAUUCAGGGUUUAAGAGGGUUUGAAGGGCGGCCAGCAAACCUAAAGACCAUGUAGACAGUCAGAGAGCGAGAAAGAGAAUGAAAUAAAGGUAGGGAACCAAUGGCCCAAGUCGUAGUCCGCGCGUCAUAAUUUUUUUCUCUUGAAAGGUAGACAGAAAGGGUGAGGCUGGCAAUUGAACAGCCCUUCUUCUUGGAAUUUUCAUGAGGCUGUAGAUUGAUUCAAUUCUUGAUGCUUGUUUGAAAGCAAGGGCAACCAAAGCUCGAAUAGUCCACUCUGAGAUUAGUACCAAAACAUUUGGACAAAAUAAUCUUAUGUUGGCAUAGAACACUCGAAAGGCCACAUUGUUUUGAUAGAAGGAAAACUAUCUAUUCAAUAUGUAAUGUUACUAUUGGAGCUAUAUAGAAGGUAGCCCUAAUGAUUUUUAAGGAAUAGAAAAAAUAGUGUGAGUUUAUAAGAAUGAAAGAAAAUUAGAUACUGAAAAAAGGUUGACAAAGAGCCAACAUCAGCAUAUAAGUAAGCACCAAAAGGCUUGAAGAGUAUUAUGCACCCUAAUAAUGAAUAAAGUAUUUAUAAGAUGAAUGUACAUCAACAUAAUUCCAACUACAUAUCAAUACACCAAUAUUGGAAUAAAGAUGUAGAAUCGAUGAGGGUAAGGUUUGCUUAGUUUUAUUUCAGUUAUUUGAUCAAUAGAGCUGAUGGGUUGUUGAGUGUUUCUAGAAUCGUAAAUGUCGAACCACGAGAUACCACUUUGUUGUGUUUAAAGAUUACCUAAAGUUGUGAGCUUAAGACCAAUUGUUGAAAGCAUUUAGGUUAUUGCAGCCCAAGUCCAAUGGACUCAAAAUGACGGAUUGUAACUAACUGUUGCAUUAUUUGUAGGUAGUGAAACUCAAAGAAGAUAACUUUGAAGACCUGAGCAGGCUGAGUGUCAACCAUGUAAAUUGUAUCUCUCAUAUUUGAUUAAUAUAAUCAUUGGUUAGGUCACUUAACUAUAUUGUUACUCACAUUAGAUUUAUUUGCAUAUUAAGUCAUUACAGAAAUAAUGAUCAAUUCACUCCCACCAUUUAUAUCAUUCAUGACCCCAUGAAAAUAAAUUCUGAUAAUGCUAACAUACUGGAGUAGGAAUGAAUUAAUGAAUAUGAUCACUAAGGUCCAACAUCAAUAUUUCUCCCACCAUACUUCAUUUUAGAACAAAACUUACAAACAAAAGGUUGAUGCUACUUAAACUUGUGUUUUCUAGUAUUUCUAUCAGGAUAUGUACAAUUAUUGAUUAUUAAAAACCAUAUUGUAUUUCAACUUUUUUUAUCAAAAUUGGAAAAAAUAUGUUAAUGCUUUCCAGAGCAUGACAAGGAAAAAAGCUCCCAAAAUGAGAUUCAUUCCACAUCCUUCGAAGCCUGUUAAAUAUUCGAAUGUUAGUUGAACAUAUCUUCCAAUCUGCUAAGUAUCAUACAACCUUUUUUUCUUCACCAUCAACCAACUCAAAUAUCAUCUGUCUCAGAAUCGCUAAAUUUUCAGAGAAGCUCCUCUUUUAACUAGAAAUAAAAAUAUUAGAAAAUCCUUUAGCGAAGUGUGGAAUUAUGUAACUUAUUUAGAUGAUCAUUGACCGUGUCGGCGGUUCAAGCUUCAGGAAACCAAGCCAUGCUACCUAAUCAUGCCACACAGACGCUGGCGUAGCAAGUGUAAUUAGCUCAUACGACGCCAAUGACAAUGGGGCUUCUGACGUUGUGAACGCCGUCCGACCACGUUAAACGGCCGAAGACAUAUGUGCCGGCCUGUGCGCCAGACUCCGCCUUCACCGUGACGCUGAAGAUCUCCUCCUGGCCGUACUUGCUGAAGACGAGGGUUUCCGGAGUUACCUUUACCGAGAUACCUUGUGGGGGAGUCACUUGUGCCGUGUACGUGCCCGGCGAGCCAACGUUCUUCACCUUCCUAUUGACGGUCGUCGGAGCGGAUAGUCGUGGUACGCUGAUGGAGGGGUAGUUAAGGUCGAGGAGCCUAGGAGGAAUCAGCGGACACGCGAAUGGCGUCCCGUCGAAGAUGGCGACCUCCCCCGAGGUGUACCCGAUGGCGCAGAGAAAGCGGAGGUAGUCCUCCACCGUGAGGUCGUAGACAAGGCCUGGAUCCAUGGCGACGUUCGGGCGGACGUGCCCUGCGCCGUAACUGAACGGGGUGGCCGUAAAGAAGAACGAAUCGAGUAUAGGUUUCUCCUGGUUAUCAUCGGUCGUCGCUGCAAGCCGAGUGGACAGCAAUAGAUCCAAAUCAGUUGUGGAAAAGUUGGGUAACCUAUCAUUCAGUGCAGACCCGAAACUCACCGGUAGUCAUGAUUGCGGACUUGAUCGCCGCCGGGCUCCAGUCAGGGUGCAGGGUUUUGAGGAGGCCAGCGACCCCGGAGAUGUGAGGGCACGACAUCGACGUUCCGGACAAUAUGUUGAAUCGAACACGGCGGUUGUCGAAGGAGUUAUCAGAUGGUCCAACUGCCUCCGUGAAGGCAGCGAGAACGCUCACACCUGGAGCAGUGAUAUCCGGCUGCAAGCCAUUCAAUGCACAUAUGAGAACCGGGAAACGACUAGAAAGUUCUGUGGAAGGGACUAGGAGUGAGGGAGGUAGGGAGCGAGGGGGAGAGAGAGAGAGAGAGAGAGAGAGAACCUUAAGGAUCUCGGGGUUGACAGGGUUGGGUCCUCGGGAUGAGAAGGCGGCCAUGAAAGGAGCCGGCUUGGUGCCUACCACCGUGGUAGGUGCGAUGAUGCGGGCGACAGGGUUCCUGCAACCAAGGUGAACGAUCAAUCCCAGAAACAAUCUUGUCAAACUCCGUAAUAUAGGUGUCAAUAGUUCAAUUUAAUCAGCAAAAAAUUCUAUUUGCGGUUUAAAACUGAGGUUUUUGAAAUCCAUGAGUAAAACAAUGUGCAUGCUAGUUAAAAAAUAGAAACAGUAUUGAUAAUACAGGAAUAACAUGAAAUAUUUGUUAAAUGAAGGAAAAAGCUGAAAUAUUGACGUUUAACAUUGAUUGUCCAACUUAGUUCAGAAUUUACGGUAUUCUGAUUGGAAACUAGACUAGGUUUCAAUACAACUCAGAAUUUAAGCCCUAAUAUUGACGUUAAGUCAGUAAACCUGCAUCAGAAAAUGUAGUGAAAUCCAUGACGAUGCAGCUGGAAUCGUGAUAAUAUGAGCUAAAUUCACUAUAAAUCUACCAUAAAUUAGACAAUUCUUAGGCGAUUAUGACUAAAGUAGUCCAUUGUGGGCGUAGAUCGGUUUUGCAGUCCUCUAAGAUUUGAUUGUUGAGAUUUGAUGUGGGUCGCGAGUUGUCAAUGAUAUGCUUUUCUAGAGAUAGAGGAGGUUUGGACAUCCAUAAUAAAGUAAGAAGAGAGAGGUGGAGGGUCGCGGGUGUCUGGUUGGUGGCUCAUAAGUGAGUGCAGUGAUUCUCGCUUGGGCUCGGUUUUGGCUGUAGAUAGCAGAGAAUAUUGACUGAAUUACUUACGCGAAAGAAUUGCUGUAGUUGUAGAGGAUGAGGCCGUCUUUAUAUGAUAACCCUACGGCAGGAAGGACGUGAGGGUCGGCGGGUACAUGGUUCGCCCGGAUGGCAGGAUUUGUAAUGAUCACCCCGACGCCGCCGGCGAGGAGCACCGUCUGGCCUUUUUCCACGUUCGAGACGUUCCCCCGUAGGCAGGCCACGAUCUUCCCCUUCACCUUCUCUGGAUCCAGCGAGCCCAAGGAACAGAGCCGCCUGAGAGGGAUCCAAAGACAAUUCAGUAGCAAGAACACACGGUCAAAGAUGGAGGAAACAGGGUGGUCGUUCUUACGCCUCGUCGAGGGUAGAAUUUGCAGCGCGAGCGUCGACGCUACUGAUCAGAGGAUAGGAUUGGUCCGCCGGGAGACUGGAGGCGGAAAGGCUCUGCCCCUGGAGGAAGCACGCACGAAUGGAGAAGACGACAGAGUGAGCUUCGAGAAGACGACCGAAGAACGAACAACUGAGGAACGGUUCUGAGGGGUGGCCGAACCUUGAGUUGUACCCCGCUUCCGAGGAUAGCAUAAGAGAUGAACUCCCGGUCCAUGGUGCUUGCUCCCACAGUGAGGAUCCAUGGCGCGACGUUCUCCACCGUUCUCCAGAAGGGACCCGAGUUCCCGCCGGAGCCCACCACGGUGAUCCCGUCCUUCACGGCGUGAAACGACCCGAUGGCAAGCCCAUCCUUAAUGUAGUCGCUGGCUCUGUGGCCAAGGGACACAGAGAGCACGUCUACACCGUCUUCAAUGGCUUGAUCGAAGGCGGCCAGGAUGUCGGCGUCGAAGCACCUCCCGCCUUCUGUGGGGCCCCAGCACACCUUGUACACCGCCACCCGGGCGCUGGGCGCCCCGCCCUUGGCCGUGCCGUUGCCGAAGCCGAAGAUACUGGCGUCCGGCACGAACCGGCCGGCGGCGGUGGCGAGCGUGUGUGUACCAUGGCCGUCAGUGUCACGGGAGGUGAUCUGGCUGGCGGUUAACGUUCCCCCGGCGGCUAAAUAUCCCUUGUUGAAGAACCGGGCCCCGAUCAGCUUCCUAGGUCAAGGAAAUUGCAACAUUUGUCGAUCUCAUUAACGGUAAUAGUAACACAUCAAUCGAAAUCGUAUUAACGGGAAAGCAUUGGUGACUGACUGCGAUAGCACUGGUCCACACGGUGGGAAGAGCAACUACGUGAAGGUAGAUGGAUGGAGGGAAAACGAUGGCCAAACCAGUGACGGUGACUGGCCAUCUAUCGUUCUCGGUUUGAAACAUUAUAUCGUUUGAGUAUGAUGCUGGUGAUUGCAAUGUUAAUGACGAUGCUUUCAAGGAGCACUGAACAUACCUAUUGCAGCGAAUGGGAUCGCUGGGGCUGCUCUCGCAGGACCCCUUCCACCUCGACGGGAUAGGCCCCAACCCGUCGUCAUUAAAACUUGCCGACUCCGGCCACACCCCUGCGCGGAAUCCGGUCAGAAACCCAGUAGAUAACGGAAGGUCUGUGCAGUUUUUAUGGGUCAACUGGUUUCCUCUCAGAUAAUGACUGAGAUAGGUAGAUAGGGUAGAUAGAUGGAUAGAUGGAUGGAUAGAUAGAUAGAUAGAUAGAUAGAUAGAUAGAUAGAUAGAUAGGGGAAAGAGAGAGAGGGAAAAAGAUGGCGGAGAAAGCAAAUCGAGGAGAGGAGAGGUUAGGGUGGAUUACCAGUGUCAAGAUUCCCGAUGAUUGUAUCCUCUCCGAGCCUUGCCUUCCUCCAUAUGGAGUCAUCAGGGACAAUCCCAUCGCUCUCCAGCCCUAGGAAUUCCCAUGAGCGCGUCGUGUGCAGCGCAUGCAUCUGGUUGGGGAACACCGCUAUUACCGCCGGUGACUCUAUAAAUAUCAAAAGCGAAGGAUAAUUAGCAGGCUGCAGUUCAGAGCUACCAAGGGAAAGAGACGGAUGAGGCUGGUCGAAGAGUCCAACUAGAUAUCUCCAUCGCCUCCUCCUCCUCGAGGUGUGCGGCGAAUCCAUUGAUGUGCCUCGUGUAGGAGUAGAAAAUAGCGUCCCGCGCCUUCUCCUUGCUGCAUCAACAGUCGAUGCCCAAGAAUUGAGUAAUGUUAACUAAAAAAGAGAUAGUGAGGAGGGAGAACAUAUGCCCAUUAUUUUCGAAUGAACGUUCAGUUACCUGCCCACGAAGGGUUCCAGGAACUCGUGGUGGGAUACUGUGACCACAUCCGUCUGUAACAAGGGCACCUCUUCUCGGCUGUGAUGAUGCCCCCCCAUAUAUACAACAUACGACUGCAAGGCAGAAACAGGAAACCCAUCAAUAGAAAGAUUGAUGAGGAGGCUCGAGGAACCAAAAAAAGGGGAGACCAGAUAAGUGUUACUUGCCUUCCUGUUGGCGGAGGUCGGUGUCUGCAGCAGUGCACAGACAAGGAGCCAUUGAAGUGAGAGAAGAACCUUCCGAGGGGAAGAACCCAUCUGCAGAGUUCCCGUUCUCCUCUCCCGUCCUCUCCUCCGUUCGGCCGAGAGAGGAUACCUAACUGGUUGUACUUCGUAAGAUGGAAAACCCUGUUAAUAAUUGGUUUUAAAUUGCGUAUGACGCAAGGAUUACUUAUUAGGACAGGGCCUGACCCUCCUGAAUAAACCCUGAACAAUAUCCUAAAACAACAGCACGUUGCCCCAAUGUCAACCAAGAGGAGAAAAGGAAACAACGAGGAACCCCACGAAAAAAAUUUGGCCCAACUGCUAAGGCCUCUUAUUUCAGGAACUCUCACCGUCAUCUCGCGAAGAAUCAGUCUUUCCGCGUUGUAGUGCAACUUCUCACACGCCAUGUUAGCGCGACAUCUCACGCGCUAAGUGAUCACUCGGCCGGUGAAGUCGGCAAAUGACACGCUAUAGGCAGGCCAAAGAGUCAACGGAGGCAUGCUGCUGCUCGUCUCCCCCAGUUUCGUUUCCACCUCAAUGGGUCGAGACCCAGAUUGUCCAUUAAGGUAGCCGGAGAUCGGUUGCUGAAAAAUGUUUUCACAAAUAUAGAGAAAGGGAAAUAGAGGUAGGGAAAUAGGCCAAGUCCUGAGCUCUCGAGGAAGAUUUUUCUCCCUGGAAAGGUACACAUAAAGGGCGAGUCCGGCGACCGUACAUAAAAGUGUGUUGAGAGUCGUUAGCUCAAGGCCUUCUUCUCGUCUUCUUUCAUGGGCCCAGAUGGAUUCAGGUCUUGAUCCUUGUUUUAAAGAAAGGGAAACCAGUGCUCAGGCACAACUUGGAAGCAACCUAUGAUAGGAUCUCGUUUUACAGGGUGACAAUUGAAUUGCUGAAUCUUGAUUUUAUCGCAUUAAAUAACUAAAAGUCUUGAAGCCUUCAUACGUGUCCACGAAGUUGAUUAAUGCCUAAACUGGGAAACCAUAUGGCAGGGCCAUGAUGUAUCUAUACUGACAUUGAACUACAAUACAUAGAACGGAGAUUGUUUCCUCCCAAGUCGCUUGGAUAACACAUACGUUCAGAUAUGACAAUUAUACAGCAUUACAUGAGAAGCACCAGAACAAACACUUGAAACAGAUCCACUGAUGUGGUUGUAAGACAAUCUUCAAGCGUCAAGUUCGAGAAUUCAACAAAAAAGUACAAUGUAAACAAUGAAGACAUAAAGAUAAUGCUUCCUAAAGGGUGUAGGUCACCAUCAUAUUCUCCCCAAUUCUGAUUAUAUCCUCUAAAAUGUCCCUCAUAUUUAAUAAUAAAUCAGCCAUGAAAAUACUCUAUUGAUCUUCUAUCAAAUCAAAGAUUGUUUCAUCCUCAGUCCUCAUCAUUAACUGUGCAUUUUUAUUUUCCUUCAAAUUUUUAUGUUUUUAAUGUUGGAUUUUAGGCUACACUAAGAUUAAGCAGGGUGGUUUGAAUUGUUCUACUUCAAAUUUUGACUAUGUUCUACUAAAAUUUAUUAGGUAUUCCUAAUUUCAACAAUCUUCUCCCUCAAAUUCCAACUCACAUGAUCUUUCUAGAUCUAAAUGUGUGUUAAGUAUAUUUUUCAUUAGUUAAUACUUAAAAUAUAUUAUUAAAUAACUAUUAACUCAUGAUAAUUAAAACUUAUUACUAACUUUCACAAAUUAUUUAUGAAGUUUAAAAAGAGAUUUUGUUAUGAUUUAAGUUCUGCAUGAGAGGUUUAUGCCAAGCACUAUUACAAAAGUACAUGAUUGUAGUAUGAGACUUUGGGAAGAUAUUGAAAUGGAUUGGUUCUAUGUCAUUGAUUUGCCGAAUGAGCUUUACUUUCAAUAUUUUGCACUUAGUUGCAUAUCAAGAUCAAUCAGCUAUUUCUAGUGAUCCAUUUGAGCCUGAUCCAUUAUCAGUGAACUAGAAACCAAGCAUCCUGGAGUCAUAUUUCCUACAUGGUAUGAAAAAAUAGACAAUAUAUUGGAUGAAAACUUAUCUCUAUUAGAAGAGAUGAGUUUCAGUGCCUCUUUGUAUGCUGGAAAGAACAUCUACCAUCAUAUAAUUCAUGGAUCUUUCAAGAGGAGCUAUGACAUUUGGACCUAGAUCUUCUCCCUCAUUAGCAAGAUUGAUCUAGCAUACACUUGACAAAGACAUGUUCUUUCCAUCCUAGGAGAGUUGGUGAUGGACAACAGUGCACCAGCUCAAGUGCAUUUAGAAAUGAUUUCUAUUAUUAUUAAUUCUUUCAUUUUUUAUUUCUUUAUUUUGUUUCUGAACUCUAUAAAUACGCUCAUAAUCCUAGUACAAGAGUAUAGAAGAAUUUGAGAGAAACUACCUAUUCACUUUGUGAAUGAGAGGCUAUGAAGGCUAUGCAUCACUGCUUUUUGAAGGGGCAACUAUGAAGGUCACGCAUACUUUCUAUGUGAAGGAGAGGCCAUGAGGGCUGCUAUCUACCCACUAUCAUAACCCACCAUCACUGCCACCAACAUUAUCUUCUAUUGGCCCCAUCUCUACCCAUCACUACCACCAAAAUCAUCAUCUACUGCCAACUUUACCAUCUAUUGCCACCAUCUCCACCUUACACCAUCACCAUCCAUUGCCAUUGCCCCAUCCCUAACUCCACCUCUGCAUGUUCCACUGCUCCGACCCUCCUUACCUCUGCCUCUGCUAUUCGGCCACUGCCACCAUCCCUACCUUCGCCUCCACCCAUUCUAUCACUGUUACUGUCCCAACCUCUGCCUCUGCCUCUACCAUUCCACCACUGUCACUAUCCUUCCGACCUUCUGCGGCCCAUGCUGUCACCACUGUCUCUGCCUUCUAUCAUUACAACUAUUAGUCAACAUUCAAACUUGAUGGUUAAUGAUAGCUGAUAAGUCAAAUAUCACAAGUGAGACCCUAUUUCUUCUUGUGACCCUCCAUCAAGUAGUCAUCUACUUUGGUGAUAGGGUUAUCUUUGAACUCUACAUCUUUUCAUACUUGAGUCCCUUGUUCUGUUAGUAUAUUUUCUUACAAUAUCGUCAUUGAGUGAUCUUAGAUUGGUCACUUUCAUACAUAGCUGGUGGUGAGGGUAGAGAGAUGACCCACUUGAUUUGCAGUUAUCAAUUUGUGGACAAUGGAGCAUUGUAAUCUCUUGGAAUUCUUUAGUCACGUCGUUCGAAUUCCUUUCAAUUCUUGUGGAAACACUCGAAUUUAUCUUUGUCAAUCCUCCUAGAUUUCUUAGAUCUCAUGUAAGAGUCAGGUCUAGGUUACUAGUCUAGGGUGAUUUAAUCUUUCAUCAUCUUGACAUACAUCUUUUCCCUUUUAUUUUUUUUAAGACAUGAGUAACAGCCAUACAAAGGGAUCUAACCCUUUAUAGCAUAUACUCUACAUUUUUCUUCUGACUUCAUACAUGUUUUCUCUCCUAUGUUUGGUGUUCAACUUCUAGGUGACACAUCAAGAGUAUUUUGUGAUGCCGACAAUACUGACCUUACUUUCUUCUGAUCAAAUUUCUUAGUUGCAAAUGGUUGAUGAUCUAAUUUUUUAUUUCUAUGGAUCGUAAGACAUCAGACUAUAAUUUAAAUGUAGAAGAUCUUGAACCAAACAAUGUUUCCAACAGUUUGGAUCAUGAGCAGGUGCCAUUCAAUUUGCAAACAAACUCUACUUUGAGUUUCUUGAUGAUCUUUUUGUCUCAAUUUUUGUGGAUCAACUUGAAAACUAGUAAUAUUAAAGAUUAAUUAGUAAAAAAUUCAUCACAUAACUAUCUUAAUUUGACACCCUACCUUACAAUGAUUAAGGCAAUAAUUAACUUCAAAUAGUAUUACAACUUUAAAUAUGAAGGAAAUUUUGAUAACAUAUUAAUUGGAUUAGUUUUAGUAGUAGUUUUGUACACAAUAAUUUAAUGUUUGUGAACAAUGUUGCCAGUAAAAUGAAACUUUACAUCAAUACAUUUUAUCCUUUCAUGAUACUUCUGAUCUUUAGCUAAAUGAAUAGCACUUCAAUAAUGACAAUAGACAAUAGUUAAUUUUUUACAUGAAUUUAAAUUCACAUAAAUAAAUUAACCAUAACUUCUAUUAUCACCCUUAUAAUUUUUAUGAACUCUACUUUUGGAGUAGAUAGUAAAAUAAGCUAAAAAGUAACUUUUUUUUUACUAACAAUAUAGUGACAAGAAAUUUGCAAACUUAAAAUCAACAACAAAAGGGAGCAACAAGUUUUGUAUCCAAAAAAACAAAAAGCUUGAUAUCUCAAAUGGCAAAACAUUCUUUCUAUUAUUGCAUAGCAUUCCACAUUCCAAAUUUAAGCUUAACUUUAUUGUGCUCCUCUUCAGUCUACAUUAUUGCAUUAAGCUUUGUCUUUGCUAGGUUCAUACACCAUGCCUAACUAGUUUAGUGCAGAACAAUUGCCCUAACUAAUGCACUUUGACUCCAAUUAGUUCAAUAUCUAAAGAGCACAUCUUCCACUAAACUGGGGCCUUCCAAAGUCUUGUCUUCUACAGGUUUCAUAGACAAUUCAAGCUCAUGUGUAGUUUAUAAUUUUUGAUAAUAUUGGUUUGACAUCGAGGAUUUCUUAUCCAUCAUCAUAGACCAAGGCCAAUGAAUCCAGCCUAUCUAAAUACAUCAGAACUUAUGAUGCUCUUAUGAUCAGUAAUUGUUAAUUUCCGGUGAGCACAACUUCACCCAAGUGGGAAGCUUUCUUGCUCCUUGUUUAGGUUUCGAAUAUAAGUUCAUGAUUCCUUCAAUCUGCAAUAUUGGAGCAUACUUCAAUGUGAUAUCAUCUGAUCUACAUGAGUUAUCCUAAUCAUGGAACUUUGAUAACGAGUAUGGUCCAAGUUGAUUGGUAAACAUGGGAUUCUGUAAUUUCCUCUUAUUAGCAUUUCGGACGUUAAGAUUUCCGAGCAAUACAGAGACAGCUCAAGUUUUUAACCUGUUCUUGGGCCGAAUCAAGACCACCAGGGGGCUUCCAACAUUGUGGACCCCGUCAGACCAGGUCAACCUCCCGAAGAGGUAUUCAAAGACUGCCGCGCUUCUCUCGGCCUCCAUUGUGACCUUGAACUCCUUCACCUCGCCGACACUUUUGAACGCGAUUCUCUCCGGAUUCACCUUCACGGAGAUUCCCGGCGGCGGUACCACUCGGGCUCUGUAUAUACCUGGUGGGCCGACGUUCGUCACCUUCCUGGUGACGGUCGUCUGGUUGGAGAGCUGCGGGACGCUGAUGGAGGGGUAGUUGAAGUCCAGAAGCUUGGAGGGGCUCUUCGGGCAAGAGAAGGACGCCUCGGAGAACAUGGCGACCUGACUUGAGUUGUACCCGAGGGCGCAGAGAAACAGGAGGUAGUCCUCCACCGUCAGGUCGUAGACAAGGCCCGGAUCCAUGGCGAGGUUCGGACGGACGUGCCCGGCGCCGUAGCUGAACGGGGUGGCCGCCAAGAACGACGAGUUGAGUAUGGGCUUCCCCAGGUUAUCUUCGGUCGUCGCUGCAGCCGAGUAGUGACAGCAGACCCAGAUCAGUUUUUGAAAAACUGGGCAACCUUUCAUACAGCGCCGACUCGGAGCUCACUCACCGGUGGUCAUGAUGGCAGACCUGAUCGCCGCCGGGCUCCAGUCGGGGUGCAGGGUUUUGAGGAGUGCGGCAAUUCCUGAGAUGUGGGGGCACGACAUUGACGUUCCCGAAUUCGUGACGUACGGUACCCUCCGCUUGUCGAAGUCCAGGCCCGUAGGACCCGCAGCUUCGCUGUAGGCAGCAAUGACGCUGACCCCGGGUGCGGUGAUAUCCGGCUGCCACCCACUCAAACGUCAAGAGCACGAACAAUAGGUAUCGAGAAAUGAUGUCCGUAAACCUGAAUGUAUACGGUACAUCUAUAUAUCUAUAUAGAUACAUAGACAGAUAGAGAGAGGGAGAGGGAGGGAGAGAGAGAGAGAGAGAGAGAGAGAGAGAGAGAGAGAGAGAGAGAGAACGGAGUGAGAUAGGUAACGGAGGAGAACCUUCAGGAUCUCUGGGGUGAUGGUGUUGGGGCCUUUAGACGAGAAGGCAGCCAUGAAAGGCGAUGGCUUGAUAUUUGUCGCGGUUGCGGGCGCGGUGAUGGUGCCCAGGGGCUUGCUGCAGCCAAACCAGCCUCAUCAGAGGGCGUCGGCUGACGCGAAAGAGGCACGGAUUACGGUUGUAAGCUGCUCACCUUGUUGAGUUGAUGUACUUGUAGAGAGCGAUGCCCUUCUGAUAAGUGAGGUGGACGGCGGGGAGGAGGUGGGCGUCUCCGAUGACUUCGUUACCUUGGGCUUCGGAGUUCGCGAGGAUCAUUCCGGCGCCACCGGCGAGGAGCACCGCCUGCCCCUUCUCUACCCUCGGGUUGAUCCCCCGGAGGCACGCCACGAUCUUCCCCUUCACCUUCUCCGGAUCCAGAGAACCCAAGAAGCAGAGCUGCCUGCAAGAACCACUCCAAAAGUCCUCCGUCACUCCCAAUCGGGACACCACCAAGACGACGAUUAAGAGAGGGAGGGAGGGCGCGGUCGUCGUUACGCGGCGGUGAGGUUCGAGUUUCCGGCCCGAGCGGCGGUGGAGCUGAUCAGAGGAUAGAGCUUCCCCGCCGGGAGGCUUGUCGCGGAGAGGCUCUCGCCCUGCGAGAAGAACGCGGCGGCAUAGUGAGCUCCCCGAGGAAGAUGACGGAAGGAAGGAAGGAAGGAAGGAGGAGCUUGACCUCGAGUGCCGCCCUGUUGCCGAGGACGGCGGCGGAGGGGAACUUCCGGUCCAUGGUGCUGGCGGCAAUGGUGAAGAUCCACGGGGCGACGUUUGAUAUUGACCCCGAGGCCGGGCCGGAGUUGCCGCCGGAGCAGGCGACGGUGAUUCCAUUCUUCACGGCGUGGAACGACCCGAUGGCCAGCGCGUCGACGGCGUAGUCGCUGGGGUUCCCGCCGAGGGAGAUGGAGAGCACGUCGACGCCGUCGUGGAUGGCGGCGUCGAUGGCGGCGAGAGUGUCGGCGUCGAAGCAGCUGCCGGCGGCUACCGAUUUCCAGCAGACCUUGUACGCCGCCACCCGAGCUCUGGGCGCCCCGCCCUUGGCCGUGCCGUUGCCAAAGCCGAAGACGUUGACCCCCGGCACGAAAUUGCCGCCGGCGGUGGAGAGGGUGUGAGUCCCAUGCCCCUCAGUGUCCCUGGGACUGUUCAGACUAGCGUUGAUGGGCCCCACGGCCGCCACGUACCCCUUGUUGAAGUAUCUGGCCCCAAUCAGCUUCCUGGACCACCAAAAUCUGACCGUUCAUCCAUCCGCUCGGGCCGUCCAAUCGGGAUCUAGAACGAUCGGUUCUGGGUUCUAUAUUUUUUUUCCAAGUGCAGCAAUAACUUCAUGGUAGCUAUUGUUAUUGUUUUAUUUGUGAACAGAUAAUUAAGCAAAAUAAAGAUCGUUACCGUUGACCUUAUCAUCAUUGUCAUCGACUUCGUCAUCGCUGUAAAUAAACUAUUUAACGAGGAGAAAAUGGUAGAAUUUCAGGGGCGUUGAACUUUUGGGAUAUUGGCCCUCUCAAGUACGGCGGUGGGCUCCUCCACAUCGCGGGCGGCCCGUCCACAGACGAAAAGCGCAAGGAGAAGGGACGGUCGAAUUCACCUGUUGCAGGAGAAGCUCUGGUCGACGCCGCGGUCGCAGGCCCCCUUCCACCUCGCCGGAAUGGGCCCCAAGCCGCUGUCGUCGAAGCUGGCGGACUCCGGCCACACCCCUGCCGCCGGCGGAGCUCCAUGA